UGUUCUCUCACAGUUUCAUUACUUCCAUUUGCCCAAUUUAAAAUAGUUUAUCUAUCUUCCCCAUUUACUACCUCCACAUCUAUAAAUAUACCUUCCUUUCCCUCCCAUUUUCCUCACCUUCUCUUACCCAUUUCCUCCUCUUGGGUGGCUGGCUCUUUGUUUCAGGCCUUGACAUGGAGUUUAUUGGGUUUUCUCUAGUAGCCCUUCUCACCAUGUUCAGGUCUGUUCACGGCCAAGGCGGCGGAUGGUCUAGUGCCCAUGCCACUUUCUAUGGAGGUGGUGAUGCUUCUGGCACAAUGGGAGGAGCUUGUGGAUAUGGAAAUCUAUAUAGUCAGGGGUAUGGUACUAAUACAGCUGCCCUGAGUACUGCACUUUUCAACAAUGGCCUGAGCUGUGGAGCUUGCUAUGAGAUCAAAUGCGUAAAUGAUCUGCAAUGGUGCCUGCCAGGAUCAAUCACGAUCACUGCAACCAACUUCUGCCCACCAAACAAUGCCCUCCCAAACAAUGCAGGAGGAUGGUGCAAUCCCCCCCAACAUCACUUUGAUCUCUCUGAGCCAGUUUUCCAAAGCAUAGCCAAGUACAAGGCAGGAAUAGUGCCGGUUCAGUACAGAAGGGUCACAUGCAAGAAGAGAGGUGGCAUCAGAUUCACCAUCAACGGCCACACUUACUUCAACCUGGUCCUGAUCAGCAACGUGGGUGGUGCUGGUGAUGUUGUGUCUGUCUCCAUCAAAGGCUCUAACACUGGUUGGCAGCCCAUGUCCUGGAACUGGGGCCAGAACUGGCAGAGCAACAGCAAGCUCGACGGCCAAUCCCUCUCUUUCAAGGUCACCACAAGCGACGGCCGCUCUGUAAUCUCCUCCAACGUGGCUCCCCCUAACUGGGCCUUUGGUCAGACCUACAGUGGAGGACAGUUCGAAUAAACCCAACUGCUCAUAACUAACAACAGAAUAUGGUGGGACAUGUUCAUGGUCACUUCCAACUAACACAUGGCGUACACGUUUGUCGAUCUAGACCGUUCGGAAUAUGGGUCACAACCCAAAAGCAACACCGAUCGGAGGUUUAUAAUAAUUGAUUUUGCACGUUUAGCUUACUUUGUUUACCAUGAUCAUUUUCUGAUCAGUUGGUUUUUUGGGUGGGCUCAUUUACAGUAAGGCCCACUAUUUGGACGGUCUAGAUUUACAAGGGAUGAAUCCAUGUGCAUGGUGGAUGUAUUAAUGAGUAUUGUCUCCCAUACUCAGCUAGAAUACCAUAUGAUCCACCGUCAAAUGUAGCCCCUCUUACCUCUAACUUUAGAAGUGACUUAUCAUCUUUUUUUAGUGCAAGUCUUCGACAGCCUAUAUAGAUUAAAUAUAUAGUCAUGAUGUAUUAAGGUGGGCCCUUUUUUUAAAUGGGCCCCUUUUCAUCUUGUUGUAUUGUUGUGGGCCCAAGUGUCCUAGUGUUUACACCAUAAAGGUGGUGUAAAGAGUUAUGAUAUCUUGAGAGUCCUUAUUCUACAGUAAGAUUUGGAUGUGUGUGUUUGUAAUGUGGACAGUCAAACAUGGUGUGAGGUGGGCAUGGUUUGUCACCCACCCAUGAAAUGGUUUGUGUUAUUGUUGGGGGAGAGAGGAAUGUAAGUGGUCUUUGUUUUUGUGUGAGUGCAAAGGGUCAUUGUAAUCAGUUUCUUUCUGGCUGAAAUAUGCCCUUAAAUACAAUAUAAGGAAAUAAAUGAAAGUUGAAGAUUUGACUCA